AUGCAAUAAAAUUCACAAGUUUCUUGUCCUUAUAAUUCUCAACAUAUUAUGCCUUCAGAUAGACUUAUUUUUCAUCUUUCAAACGAAUGUAAGGAUAGUAAUAUGUAUAGAAAUGCAUAAAAUAACACUUAACAAAAUUUUCUUAAAAUUUUCAGAGGCUAAGUAAUAUAUAUUUUUUAUCAUAAGUUAUCUGUUUCAUCAAACAACGACUUAUCAUAAAGUAAUAACCUUAUCAAAACAGAUAUGAGUACUUAAAAGGCUGAUUUUUUAUAAGAAAAAUCUAUUUCCAAAAUAUAUCAGGAUAAUUAAAGCUAGAUAUAAAAAUAAAUGGACAAUUAAUUUAUUGAUUAAUUUAAGAAUCUAAAUUUAUGUUAUUAGGAUUAAUAAUUUUAAAAUCAGGAAUUGAAAUUCGAUUAAAAAGAUGUAGAUAUGAUUUGA